AUGGCGACUUGUGCAUCCGCACCACUAGCAAGUUCUGUGGAGAAGACAAAUGGCGCCAAACUAAGCAGACUUCUUAUUGAUGGCGGAACAACGGUUCUAAGGAACAUUUUUGAUCAUUAUCACCACCCUGCAAACCUUGUUACCGAUCUCAAUUCUCACCGUAAAACUCUUCGUUCUCUCUUGCGAGGAAGAAUCCUAAAAAAGCCGCAAUGGGACUUACUGUUCCCACCGUCUGGGGUUGCCCCAGACUCCAGAUCAUUUGACAUCACAUUGUUGUUUCUCCUUCUUACCAACAUUUGUGGCCUAUCUUGUCCAUCCUCAGGAUGGCAUUCUAAGCCACACGCGAGUGAUAACUCCUUUUAA